UUUAUGCUAUGAAAGUAUGUUUACUACAAUAUAUGUUACAUGCAACUGCAGAAUAUGGUAUGGGAAACAAGGUGUCAAUAUACGGUGAUGUUUAUAGUUAUGGCAUAUUAUUAUUAGAGAUGUUUACAGGAAAAAAGCCUAUCGAUAACAGUUUCCACGAUGGCUUAAAUCUUCAUGACUUUGUCAAAGCAAAUUUGCCAGAACGAAUAUUUGAUAUUAUAGAUCCUAUUCUUCUCCCAAAAAGACAAGAGGGAGGGAGAAGGACGAAUGACACAUGCAAUGAGAAUCGAAAUGGGAGUCUAAAAAUUCAAGAAUGCUUGAUUUUGAUACUUGGAAUUGGAAUUGCUUGCUCCAAAGAAUAUCCAAGAGAAAGGAUGAACAUCAGUGCUGUUGUAGUCGAGUUGCAUUCAAUUCGGCAAAACCUUCUUAGAACCUGUAUACGACAGGUUCACAAGACCGAUGAUUAAUUAUGAAGGCCAACACCUGUCGUUUAUUCUUAAAAAAAGAUUAUGGAGGCCAACACUGCUUGAGAAUUCAGGCACAUUUGGUGCCUAUUGGCGCAUUUGGAGGUAACUUGGGAUAAUAUAGACUUUGUUCGUUCGUUUGGGUGAGCUAAUUUGAGUUUGGCACUAUCUUCUAAGUGUAUUUGUCGCUUUUUGGUAUAUUUGGAGGUAGAUUGGGCUAAUAUGCAUUUGGCUUUUUGUUUUUUACUUUUUUGGUUGUGCUGUAAUUUUUGUUUAACACUUGAGGCUUGAGAGAAGUCUCGUCAAGGAAUAUAUAUA